AUGGUUUCAAAAGCUUCUAGAAGCUUCUGCAUAGAAACUAAGGGGAGUCAUGUGACCAAUGUUCCAAACAGCCUUACAACAGAAUCCACAAGUGGUGGCAGUAAAGAGCAGUGCAUUAACCCUUACACAUCCAUAAUACCACAACACCUCUCUAGGCAGUUGGCACCACCAUUACUGCUUUCUGCCAUUCGGUCCAAGUCUCACAGAUUUGUGCACAAAAGUGUGGAAACAUGGAUUCUGGCCGGAGAUCCCGAAAGAGGAAACAAGACGCAGGACGCCAUAAUUCCCAUCACUCCCAGCUCCUCAGGCGCAGCGCGGUGUCCUGCACUCUCAGCGCCAUCUGGUGGAUCUUUUCACGUGUUUGCAGCGGCAGAACGUUCUUUGGGCUCCGUAGCUUUAUUCAGCUGCCAAGAUGGAUUCCAGUUACUGGGACAUUAUAAGCUGAAGUGUCAGAAGAAAGGGGACGGCCUCCAGUGGAGUCACCAGGAACCCCAAUGUCAGGCGAUCUCGCUGACGUCCCAUAAAGGUUUCCGUCUGGCGGUCAUCAUCUCCUUGGUCAGCUGCUUCAUCAUCAUCACAAUGUUUGUCGCCUUCACCGUUUGUUGUGUACGCGAGAAACUUCUCCAAGGGGAGACGGCUGCGGCGGUGGGUGGCAGGAGCGAUCCUCGGCCGGCGUUCUCCAUGGAGAUACCAGAGAAUUCCAGCGGUGGCCACGGUUUCCCCCCGAACAGCCUUAAAGAGUCCAACCUCUACCGCUCGGUCACCUUCAAAGGCCCCAAUGGAUUUGAAAAUAGCGGAUUUCAAGCAUAAACAAUGAAACAAAUAAUAUUACCUAUUACUAUUUACAACUGACGACCCAGCUACCGA